AUGCCAUCGCGUACCACCGUCUCGGUGGCCCAGUACCUGUUCGCCCGUCUCAGGGAAAUCGGCAUCCGCUCCGUCCACGGGGUGCCGGGCGACUACAAUCUGCUCUCGCUGGACUACGUCUCCAAGGCGGGUCUGCGCUGGAUUGGGAAUUGCAAUGAGUUGAAUGCUGGCUACGCAGCCGAUGGCUACGCGCGCGUCCACGGGAUCUCCGCCCUGAUGACCGUCGCAGGCGUCGGGGAGCUAUCGGCCGCCAACGCCAUCGCCGGGGCGUAUGCGGAGUACAUCCCAAUCCUACAUAUUGUGGGGCAGCCGAGUCUGCGGUCCCAGAGGCAACGAAAACUGCUGCAUCACUCGCUGGGGGACGGGGAUUUCGAGCGGCUGGGGCAGAUGACGCAGGGCACUUUGUCGAAGAGCGUGCAGCUGCGGUGCGCGAAGCAGGCGCCGGGGAUGAUCGACUCGGCGAUUACCCACUGCUGGAGGAGUAGUAGGCCUGUUUCGAUCGUACUGCCGGUGGAUAUGGUGCGGGAGGCUGUGUCGGAGGAGGGGCUGUUGCGGCCGCUGGAUGUGCAUGGCUCUGCAGAGCAGAAGGGAGUGGCGGAAGAGCGGGUGGCGGAUGCGGUGCUGGCUGCGCUGCGGACGGCGAAACGGCCAGUUCUCUUGGUCGGGGGGUACAAUGUGCGCUUCACGAAGCAAAGGGAGGUGGUGGAGCUGGCGGAGGCGUUUGGAUUGCCGGUGUUCCUGUCUGCGUCGGGGCGAGGAAUCAUCGACGAGGAGCACCCCUGCUUCCAUGGGCUGUACCUGGGGGACUGUUCCGACCUGUAUACAGCGCAGACGGUGCGCUCGGCGGAUUUGAUCAUUUCUGUGGGCAACAUCCAUUCGGAUCUGAACGUCGCCUCCGCCUCGUGGGAGUUUGAUCCGCGGAAGAUGAUUGAGAUUCGAGAUGGGCUCAUGCAGGUCCAGGGCAAGGCCUACCACGGGCCGAACCCAUUGGGCGUUCUCCGAUCUCUUAUAGAGCGGACAGAAGAGCUGGACCGGCUGGGAAUGCACAAGAGCAUGGUCGCGGUGCAGCCGACCAGUACGACCCAAAUCGACGCAGCCAGGAUCCCGCCUACGCAGGUCGCUCGAGAGCCAGGCGGCAUGAUGCACGGGGUCUUGCGACGCAUGUCCCAUACGCUGAGCUACAGGGUAGAGACGGCGGCUCUGACGCACGACUGGCUAUGGCCGACGCUGAGCGGGUGGCUUCGACCCGGAGAUACGGUCAUCGCCGAGACAGGCACCUCGAAUUUCGGGAUCUGGUCGACGCGAUUCCCCCGCGACGUGACAUAUAUCAGUCAAUACGUGUGGGCCAGCGUGGGCUACUCUUUGGGGGCCUGCCAGGGGGCCGCCGCGGCCGUGCAGGAUUCAGCUGACCCCAAACGAGAGACGGUCCUCUUCAUCGGUGACGGCAGCUUUCAAUUCACCUGUCAGGAGCUGAGCACGAUCCCCCGAAGACUAAAUCCUUGCAGUUUUGUGAUCUGCAACAAAGGAUACACCGUGGAGCGUCUGAUUCACGGUUGGCAUGAGUCGUAUAACGAUGUCCAGGAAUGGAAAUAUCGGAAGCUUCUCGAGGUGUUUGGCGCGGAGCCCGGAUCGUAUCAGGCAUAUCAGAUCCGCACACGGGGGGAGCUGGUCUCGCUUCUGCAGGAUCCUGCUUUCAAUAAAGGCGAGACGCUUCGGUUUGUCGAGUUGCAUUUGGAUCAGAAUGACGCGCCUACGGAGCUGAAGACUCUCACGCAGCAGCUAGUCACACGGGAUCUACCACCGGAGAAGCAAGGGACUGCUGAACCAGACUGA